GUUCCUAUUUCCAAGGGAAUGUUUGGGAGGAAAGGAGCACAGCUGUGCGUCGAGCUCUUGCACACGGAGGAAGAUCAGCUGUCGCGGUUCAAUAAUGAUCUCUUCGAGCAGGUUUUGAACGAGACGAGCGAGCAUUUCGAGCAGCUCGAGGCCAGAUUGACGAAAAUGCAUGAAGAAGGAUUGGACGCUCAAACCACCAAAAAUGCGGACUUUUAUGGAGGAUUAACGCAUCACACGAGCAUUCUUCGUAAUAAGCGAUGCCUUCUAGCUUACAUCUACCAUCGAGCUCAAACGGUUCAGAGACUACGAUGGCAACUUGGUGCUGUGCUUCCAGAUGAUAUCCAGAGCAAGCUGAGCUACUCGGAAAAGAAUUAUUUCAAGCAGUAUUCAGAUUCUCUGGGGGUUUAUAUGUCGAGCAUCGAUCUUGAUCUUUCAGUGGAUUUGUCACCACCAAAAGAUCCUUACAUUCAAGUGAAAGUUUUGGAGAACGUCGGAAAUGUGUACUUAGACGAUCAGUCAACGUCGCUGCUUCGGAACUCGAUACAUUUGAUUAAACGAUCAGAAGCAGAACCAUUGAUUUCCCAGGGUCUCUUGGAAGAAUUUAUUGACUAGUGUUUGCAUUGAUUCUGGGACGCUGAGAUGCUUCCCGGCUAGUGAUUCUUGUUUAUAUGAGACCGCUGAGGGGCAAGCACAUUGCUUUCCAAAAACCAGGA